AUGCAGCGAGUGGGUGGUGGGAACCGCACCACGCGGCCCCCACCUUUCUUAUGCGGUUUGCGGUGUCGCCGUGCCCCACUUUUGCUUGUUAGUCGCGCUGUUAACAGCGGCGGAGGGAAAAGUUUUGACGCUCAGCAUGCGAAUGCUCGCCACUUCGUUGCGCUUCCUUCUCGAUGCUGCCUCACCUCGAGCAGACUCCCAAAGGCAGAAACGGCAGAGGCAACACUCACUCCGCUGAAGUGUCCUGAGUGUGGGAAACGAUUUCUUAGCGUCGCGAAUCUGCGACAGCACCGGCGUUCCCGUCAUCUGGUGCCUCUCAAGUCUUCCUCAGAGGAGCAGCUUGAGCGUCUGAGGGAGACCAACGCGCGGCUGCUCGAGGAGCUGAGAAAUCUACAGGAAAUCAAUGCCUUGAGAGCGCGUUCUGCCUCGUCGUUACCGACGGCUGCAACGGAGCCAUCGCCUACGCGGGAAGGUAAGGGCGGGAAGCCCUUUCCCGCUGCUGUUCCUGAGGGGAGGGCGGUUGAUAUUUCCAUGGCGGAGGCGCAGCAGCUGCGGGACCACCCUUUCCGAUUAGGCACGGGAACCUCCGACGUCUGGUGUGUUGGCGUGGUGGAAAACGAUGUUGAGUUGGGCAAACUAGGCGUCAGAGCCGAGCAAGAGGCUGGGGAGCGUUUGACAGGGUUAGAGGCGAUGCAGUUUACCCUCCAAACCGAAGGAUAUCGUCUCAGACGUGUUGGUCAGUUAAAAAUGUACCGUAAUCGGCUCACCGUACGUGUUAUUGCACCUCAGUACAGGGCGCAAAAGGGGGAUAUCUUACUUGUGGCGGGGACUUACGGACUCCAUAAGUCGUAUGACCUGGUUUCAAAGCAGGCGGUAGAAAACGCCGUUCUGGAAGCCGGGUACGUAGGACUGCUGCAAAAAGGACCCGUUGACGCACCUGAGAAAACCUAG